AUGGAGGCGGUCCGCCGGCGCGAGCAGGUCGUCGUUCAGGGUCCAGGCUGGAGGUCGCGAUGUCCGCCGUGGGCUGUUGGAGGUCGAGCGGCCUGCGAUGUGCAGGAGCCACCGGGCGGUGAUCUGUGCGCUGGUGCUCCAAGCAAAGGCACCCCGGAAGCGGAUCGGGGCGUUGGAGGCACACUGAGGCCGGGUCGAUGCGGGCGGGCGAGUCCAGCGGCGCGGGCGAUGGGCGUGAGGGCAGCGUGGUGGAGAGGAGCUGGGCUGGAGGCGGCGGGCUGGCAGGCGGAUCUUCACCUGCGCGUGUUUGACGAGAGCCGGCAGUGGGACGGCGAGGCUGAGGGCGCAGAGGAGCUGGAGCCGGGAAUGGAGCAGUCCCACCGGCUGAGGGCGCCGUCGGUGCACAUGGACUGCAGGCGCGGUGCUGGGCUGGGCGUGGGCAGCGCUGGAGCGGGCGGCCUGGUAUCGGAGUCUGGAGGUUACAGUCGUACUCGAACAAGGGCUACAGCGCGCACUCGGGACGCUCUCGAUCUCUCGAUCUCUGAUGACGCCGGGCUCCCAAAAUAA